UUUUUUAUUUGAAUUUCCAGCAGUGAUAAGACACUAGAUGUGCAACAUAUUCUUUCUAUUUUCCUUUAUUGCUCUCUAUAAAUAGAUGGUGCUGAAGGAAAUGUCUUAAACAUCUUCUCAAGAUUCAAAUUCAACAGAAGUCUUAAAAAAUCACUCAUUUCACCAAAGAAAGAUGGCUUUCCAUAUUAGAUCGAACAGUUUGCCAUCUAAAUCUCAUCCAGAAAUCGCUAACAUUGAAGAUCAUUUAUGUAGACUAAAGUCAUCAGAAGAAGCAUCCAUUUCAGCUUCCUCCAUGUGCACAAAACUGGCCAGCCUCAGGGAUUUGCACGAAGAUAUUAAUAAUUUGAUUCAGCUUCCAUCAGUCCAGCAAGCUCUCAUUGAUCAAGGCUAUGAGUUGCUCGAUGGAUCUCUCGAGCUUCUUGACAUAUGCGGAAUUGCUCGAGAUGUUAUAUUGUUGAUGAAGGAAUAUGUUGAAGAACUUGAAUCAUCUCUGAGAAGAAAUAGAGGCAUUGAUACAUAUAUGAAUGCAAGAAAAAUGAUAGAGAAAAUGGUUAAAAAGUGCAUAAAAAAUAUGAAGAGUUUCAACAAAUGUUCUACACUGUUCUUAAACGAAGACAACAAUCUUAAGGCCAUUGCAAGCAUGCUAAAAGAACAGGCCAUUGGCUUCUCUGCCCUCAAGUCUGCAUUAACAAUUUUUACAUCAAAGCAGAAAGCUUGUUCAUUGGUUUCCAAGUUCAGUCGAUCAAGCCAUGUACAUUCACAAACAGAAGAAGAAUUGUAUGCCUUGAACCUCGACAACUUGCGAAAAGACAUAAAUCGGCUUAAAGUAUACACAUUAGCUGUGCAAGAUGUCAUGAAGAACUCAAAAGAAUCAGAAAUGAUCUUCCAGGAACUUGAAGAGAAUUUGGAAGCCUUCUUUAGGAGUUUAGUUAAAACUAGAGUUUCUCUUCUUAAUGUCCUCAAUUAUUAGCCUUUUGUGAUCACUUCCAUAUACUUUUGUAAAUCUUCGUAAAAAUAGAUACAAUACAAUCAAUAGUUGAACCUACAGCUCAUAUUUGUUUAUGAAUCUCUCUGUUAGUCUAUAUAUAUUCUGAUCUGUUUUCUUUUUCAAGAUUUUUAUCUCAACCAAGCAUACCAUAAUUUACUUUUACGGAUUGAAUGUUGUUGGAAAGGAGAAUAUUCGGUAUUAAUCAUACGGAAUAUUAAGGUGACAGUAGUGUAAAUAUAGGAGAUUGAGUCAAAGGUAGAACCAAGAAAAUUAGUUAGGAUGAUUUGAUUUCAUACAGUUGUUAAUUUCCCAUACUCUUGUAUUUCGAUUUAAGUGUACAUUGUAAACUUACAAAAUCACAACAAUACAAGACUUUCUUUCUCAUAUUAGAUUAUAUGGUAUCAGAGCUCCAGAUCUCUUAAAUGAGAAAAGAAAAUCCUAGCCAUCUUCCACCAUGUCUGACAUUGGUUUCGAGUCCUCAAACACCCCUAUGAACUAGCAGAAAACUUUUGAAACUGAGUCCUCCAUCAACAGGUCACAGGUUUCCCCUCCAGAUUUCCAUUUUGUCCAGAUUACUUCAAUACGCCUGAAUGAAGAAAAUUUCCUUUGCGUCCAGUCAGUACGUAUGUACAUCCGUAGAAGAGGCAAAAUUGGCUACCUGACAGGAGAAGGAGCCUGCCCUUAAGGAUCCAACUCAUCCCACUUGGGAUGCUGAGAACUCUAUGGUGAUGACUUGGUUGGUCAAUUUUAUGGAUGAAGAUAUCAGCUCCAACUCUAUGUGCUAUGACGCUGCUAAGGAGCUCUGGGACAACAUCAACCAUAUGUAUUCAGACUUGGGAAGGCGUAUGAAUUGAAGCUGAAACUUGAAGAAAUCUGCCAAGGUCAAACAGCGUCAUCAAGUACUUCAAUUCUCUGAAACACCUAUGGCAAGAUUGAGACUUAUUCACUGAUUAUGAGUGGAAAUCCCCAGACUAUUGUAACCACUAUAAGAAGAUAGUUGAGGACAACCGUAUUUUUAAAUUUCUUGUUGGACUUAACAUUGAGUUUGUUGAGGUUAGGGGAAGGAUAUUGGCAAACAACCUCUACCAUCAAUCGAGGAAGUUUUCUCUGAAGUUCAUCGUGAGGAAAGUCAUCAACUUGUCAUUCUCGGUAAGAACACAACUGUCAGUACCAUUGAAAGUUCUUCCCUUGUUGCUAGUCGAACCAACCCUACGGAAGAUUGAUGAGAAGCCUUGUCUGUGGUGUGAUCAUUGCAACAAAUCAGGCCAUACCUGUAACACUUGCUGGAAGAUACAUGGAAAACCAGCAAAUUGGAAACGAAAACAUGAAGGCAGGUUUAACCGCUCACCAUGAACGGCCUCUAACCGCUCACCAUGAACGACCUCUAACCACUCAUCCACUACACACGAAGCUGAAGGUGUUCCCUUUAGCAAAGAGCAAAUGAAUCAUAUCCUUAAACUGCUGAAAUCUAACUCAGAAUUGUCGGGUACUCCUAAUGCUUCUCUUGCUCAAACAGGUAGUCAAUCAAAUUCCCUCUCAUGUAUUUCACAUUUUGUUUCUUGGAUUAUUAAUUCAGGAGCUUCUGAUCGCAUGAAAACUUUCACGUUUGUUGUAUACUUAUAUUACUUGUUCUGGUCAUGAUAAAAUACGUACAACAGAUGCCUCUUUUUAUCCCAUUGCAGGCAAAGGUUUGAUAAAUUUAUCUAUAACCUUAUCACUGAAAUAUGUUUCCAUGUACCGAAACUUGCACGUAAUCUCCUAUCGGUCAGUAAAUUAACUAAAGAUUCUAAUUGUCGUGUCAACUUCUUUGAAUCCCAGUGUGUUUUAGGACCAGAGCUUAGGGAAGAUGAUUGGGAGUACUAAGAUGAUAGACGGCCUCUACCAUUUAGAAAAUGAAGAUUCCAAGAAUAAAAAAGCUCAAGGCCUAAGUAUUAUCAGUUCAAUCCCUGUUAAGGACGCUAUGACACUAUAGGCUCGGGCAUCCUAGUUUUCCCUAACUUAAAAAGUUGCUUCCCAUGUUAUUUCGUAUGGUGGAUUGUUCUCUAUUUCAUUGUGAAAACUGCAUGUUAUCAGAGAGUCAUCAAACUAUUUAUCCUUCAAACCCUCAUCAAGUUUCAAGACAAUUGUGUGUUUCAUUGUGAAAAUUCCAUGUUAUCAAAGUGUAAUAUUGAACACAAUAGUUGAUUAUGUAUAUAUGUGUACAUAGAAGUGUAAUUGUUGGAGAUGUAAUGGGUUUCACGAAUUCAGUUAUGAUCUUACCUGAUUGUGUGUUUCAUUGUGAAAACUGCAUGUUAUCAAACAUAGACUAAUAAAAACAGUGAUGCUACUACAAUCACUUUUUAAAAUAAUUUUCGGACUUAAUUUGUACAACAGAAAUUAAAGCUGUAUAUCAAGAAUUCUUAGAAUUCGAUGUUUCAACAAUAACAUUAUCUUUGGUAAAAUGGUUCCAAUUCAUUUCUUCCCAAAAUUAUGACUAGCAAAAGAGAAGGUUCAUUUUCUUAUAAACUCCCUGGAUUAUUAAUUUACCUCUCAAUAAAAAAUUCAAGGAAAAAGAAAAAGAAAAAAAAAAAUUGAUUUACAAAUUCUCAUGAUUUAUAUCGAAAGUCAACUAAAAGCAUUUGGAUCCAAUCAAAUAGGAAGUCCAUUAGGAUGCCAUAUUCUAGAAGUUAAAACUAUUUAAAUCAUAUAUGCACAUAAAAUGUAGAAAACACAAAUAAAAGAGCCAAGUCACACCAGAUUAACUAGGUUACAAUUUUCACAAAAUAGGAUUCCAUUGCAAGACAAUAUUAAGGAUGCAACAAAGCGAAA